AUGAGCGACGAUGCAUCCAUCGCCAAGCCGUCGUCUUCGCCCCCUCCUUCGUGGCGGCCGGCGGCCAACCUUGAAAGGACGUCGUCGGCGGCGGCGGCGCGACUCCUUGUACGCCUCCUCGAGGAAGCCAGUGGUGGAUGGACCGACGAGAGGAGGCGGGUCGCCGCCGCCGUCGACGACGACCAAGACGACGUCUCCCGGUCGGCGGCGGACGAGGGAGGAAGACCUAACGGGAACCUGUUUACCAGCGUGGAUCGUUGCUGCGGCUGGGAGCGCCCUCUUCAGUUGUUCCUGCAAUUGCUUAUCCAUUCGCAUAACUGUCCGCUUCUUAGCCUGUACUACCCGUUGUGGGUACGUGCCAUGUUUCCAAGGUUCGUGAUCAUCAUCUUGACCGCUGGUCGGGCGGUUUUGUGGGCUAUGGCCCACGACGCAGACCCGCGAGGGGACUCGCACCUCGCAGGUACCGUCGCGGAUGUGGCCGCAGCCCCGUUCAGCGCGCUGCCCGUCAAGGAGAUCGCCGUCAAGGACUUCGUGCCCGUACAUCUUGCAGGAAGCGCAGGAGCAACGAAAGUGAUCGGUGCUCACAACUCGCUGGCCAAGGUGAAAAAUGCGUGUCACUUCGAGCCCGACGUGCCCUACGCAACGGGCGUACGAGCGGCGAUUCGGAGCAGCUCGCCGGAGUUACGCCGUAGCCCGCGAGAGGACAACAACCGCCGCUCCAGCUCGCUGCUCACCCGUUACAUACAGUUCCCCAGCGACGGCAGCCUCCUCACGGAAUCCAGCGCCUUCAGGGAGCAGCGCUCACUUCAGCGCCUGGCGGGGCACAUCCCGUGUGGUCCUGGCCGAGCCGUCCUGCGACGCACCAAGCUUCGCGCCCAGCGGUCGGCCAUGUCCGAACUCUGGAAGAAGCCCCGACGGAACCUCAUGGGCGGCGUCGGCGUAGACGCUCACGCGCGCUCCGAGCCGCCGCCGCACUCUAUGUUGCUGCCCGAGGGUGACGACGAGCUCGCGUCGACCAACGACACGGUGUUCGGGGCUCGGAGGAGCCGCUUCCUACGUGAGGAUAUCCAGCCUUGCACCUCUUUUGUCGGCAUCUCCUCGUCAACCGCCGACCGCUACUGUUGCAGGGACCGUGCCUCGAGCAGCUGCCUGCCAGGAGCCUCGUCGCUUCGUCGCCUGGAGCGGCCUCCGGCAUCCUCCGAGAGCCGCGGCCGGUGCCAGCUCGACCGGCGGCGGCCCAGCGGGUGUCGCCAGCAGAAACGUCGCCGCGUGCGGGUCAGCUCGUCGUCGCGCACCGACGACUACGAGGACGACCUGCUGCUCGCCAGACUCGAGGACCACGCCGCGUGCGCCAAGCUCUCCCUCUCCGAGCUCCGGUGCCCCGCGGGAAAGCUGCGCACCAGCGACAUGUUUGUCGGCGGGGGCCGGCGCUGUCGGUCGGCGGACGUGGUCGAAGUGGCUCGCAACGUGGUGAUCUGGGUGCUGGUGCUGAGCGGCACGGCGACCAUCAUGUUCGGCGCGGUGGGCAUCAUCGUACUGCGCACCGGCUCCGUCAUGUUUCUCAGCUCGGCCGUCGGCUCUGUGCUCACAACCGCGGGCGUGCUGAUGGCCAUCUACUGCACGGACGCUUCCACAGACCGCGGUCUGCAACGAAUGAUGAACCACAAGUACAACUACACAUGAGCUCGACACGGAAA